GCCGCGAGAGGGCGCCAUCGCGCGGCGGCGGCGGCGGUGUGGGGUGGCCAUGGCCCGGUGGGGCCCCGCUCAGGAGCCCGAGUGGGGGCCCGACGCCUGGCAGCCGCUCCCCCCGCAGCCCCCCGGCCCCGUCGCCGUCCCCUCCGAAGGGGCGAAGCGGCCGCCGGCGGUGCACGAGAUCUCGCUGUGGACGGUGGUGGCGGCGGUGCAGGCGGUGGAGCGGAAGGUGGAGGCGCAGGCCGUGCGGCUGCUGAGCCUGGAGGGCCGCGCGGAGACGGCCGAGAAGAAAAUGUCGGAGCUGGAGAAGGCCGUGCUGGAGGUCGGCGGGCAGCUGGAGCGCCGCUGGGCCGCGCUGAGCGCCCUGCUGCGGGACAGCGCGAGGCGGCUGGAGCACGUCGAGAGGCAGCUGCGGAACAGAGCCGGCUGGGCGCCGCGGAACGGGCUGGGAACCGGCGGGGAUGAGCCUCAGGUCCCUGCGUCAGGUGAGGACGAUGCUGCCUGUUUGGCAGAGCAGGAGUGGGGCGGUGUGGACAGCCGGCAGCAGGAGCUGUACAGGAUGGAAGUGAAGGGGAGCUACGAGGCUGUGGUCUCUCUCGGGCCCGGGGACACCAGUUCCAAAUCUGCUCUGCUGUUGCCAACUGAGGAUGGGGAGGAUUCAGCUUCCAGGACCCAUGGGCUGCUGGAGGAGGGAGCUGUGUUGGGGCACGGUGGUGGCGCAGGUGAGAAGAUCGUGAUCAAGACAGAAGAGCAGCAGCCGCAGGAGGAAGGACUGGAAAUGCUUGCUCUGCCACAGGUGUCCUCUGUGAGGCUGGAAGAGGAGGUUCCCCUGGGCCAGGAGCCGCCGGUGCCUUGGGAGAGCCACGCCGUCAUGGAUGAGCAGAAGGCGGCAGCAGAGGGCUUAGGGGAGCUCUGCAAACAUGGGGCUGCUCAGCCUGACUUCAAGCCUGCAGUCAUCCCAGUGGAAGCUCGCCCAGCCCCGGCCUUGCAUUUCCCAUCAGAACACGGGCACGGCACAGAGACCGAGCAGCCAUUCGCUCUGCCCCAGGGGAUGCUGCUGGGGGAGGACGCCGCCACAGAGGCCGCCUCGACGCAGGCUGGCACAGAGGAGCACGGCCCGCCUGGCGCGGGGGAUGAGCCCCGUGUGCCGCCACCACCGGGCUGGAAGAACGUCCGGCUGAAACGCAGCCUCCUGGCGCGGCAGCAGAGCCACGCGAGGAAGAGCAACGGCUCCUUCAUCUGCACGGCCUGCGGGAAGAGCCUGGCCCACCACGCCGCUCUGCUGCGGCACCAGCGCCUGCACACGGGAGAGCGGCCCUUCCAGUGCCCCGCCUGCGGGAAGAGCUUCAAUGAGAAAUCCAACCUCAACAAACACUACCGCAUCCACACCGGGGAGCGGCCCUACUGCUGCCCCGCCUGCGGCAAGGGCUUCAUCCAGAAGCACCACCUGCAGAAACACCAACGCAUCCACGGGGUGCAGCUGCGGGGCGGCUGGGCGGGACGGCCGCGUGCCAGCGCAGCCGGGGAGCGGCUCUACCGCUGCAUCGAGUGCACGGAGAGCUUCCCCAUGCAGACGUUGCUGGAGGAGCACCAGCGCCGGCACACCCAGCAGCGGCCCUUCCAGUGCAGCGGCUGCAGCAAGAGCUUCCGCCACCGGCAGUCCUUGAACCACCACCAGAAGGUCCACGCCGUGGCCAACGCUCCCGCUGCCAGCUUGCCAAACCGCGGGCCGGGGACGGACCGCUGCAAGCCGCUGACCCAGGAUAAUCCGUAGCACGAGGGCUGCAGAUGGCAUGGAAGGGGCGGCGUUUCUGCAGGUGGAGAGGUGCGGCAGCCUGCGGUGGAGGGAUGCGGCAGGCAGCCGGCAUCACAGCCCCACAGGGAUGAGGAUGGAGCCGGCUGAUCCACUGCGUGAGCACGAGGAGACCGAGUGGCCCUGGACCCACCGGAGCUGGUCUGGUGGUAGGGCUGAGCUGGGCUGUGCUGCUGCCUGGUGGAAAAAGGCUGAGCCAAAGAGCAGCUCGGUGCAUUGGGCACUGUGGGACAGGGAACGGAGCACUUGAAAUCAGGGUUACUUCAGUUCGUAACAGCGCUGAGGUUGGCUGGGGAGUGCAGGUGCUCAGGGAGAGGCUGUUGUUGCUGGGACAACCGGAGUCACCACACAAACGGGGAGAGGUUUGGAUAAAGGAUUGGACUGACGCCAUCUCCUGUUGAGCUUGGGUGUCGAUGGGGCCGGAGCCACAGCGGGAGCACCGCGGUACUGUCCUUGCAUGCCUGUCACCCCAUGUCCCCGCCAAAACCCUGUGCUGUCUGGCGUCACUACAUGGGUGCUGCUGACCGCCUGGGGUCUCAGGCCCAGCUCUGAGCCUGGCUACAGAGAUGCAGAGCUCCUAUUCACAGCCCCAUUCAGCUGCAAACUGCGGCUCUUGGCACAACAAAGCCCUUAUCUGCCCUCUGCUCUGCCCCAUGGCCUGCCAAAGCUCCAUCGCCCAUGGGCAGCCCCUCCUCCUCCUCUCCUCAGCCCAGCUUUUGCGAUUUCGGUCCUGUCGCACCCUGUCCCAGGUGCCCUUGCCGUCAUGCAUCCCAGCACAAGCAGACGCUGCACUUGCAGCCCAGAAGCCAACCGUGCUCUGGGUACAGCAGGUCAGAGUACCUCUGCUAUGGGGGCAGGCUGAGAGCUGCCUGGAUGCAGCACUGGUUGGGCAGCACUGGGUGGCCCCACUGUGAAGGAUGUGGGCACAGCACCAAGGACUGAUGGCCACGGCCACCACGGCGCCUCCCAGCAGAGGGGAUGCUGAGGCUGGACACCCAUCCUGGCCAGGUGAUGUGUGGUAACAGCAGCCGCGUGGGACACGGCAUGAAGGAGGGGACAAUGGCGUCCUAGGAACGUCGUAGGAUAAGGGGGAUGACAGUGGCAGCCUGGUGACACCCUGUGGACGGUGGCAGAACUGAGGCCGGGCCUGAGCACAGUGGUGCUGAUGCGUUGGGCGUAGCCUUACUGCACCCCCACCCCCCCCCCUCAGCAAUGGCCGAGAAAAUGCCCCCCAGCGCCCCCCGCCCGUUCUGUGCACUGCGUGCUGGGAGGCCGUGCCCUCAUGAUGCAGCGUGGCCACUGCCAUGGGCCACUGAUGGCCAAAGAUGCCCAGUGAAUGUCCCAUGUUGGACGGGACCCACAAGGACCACUGAGGUCCGACCCCGGCCACAUACAGAGCCACCAAAUGCUCUGUUUGAGAGCAUUGUCCCAAUGCUCUGCGAGCUCCAGCAGCUCAGGGCUGUGCCCACCGCUCUCUGGGGCAGAGCCUCUCUCUAUCCCCUGCCCUCCCCUGAUGCAGCUCCAUGCCAUUCCCUCACACCCUCAGGCCCACAAUGGCAAUGGGGACCCACAUGAGGGACUUCCUGGGUGAGAUGGAAGCAGUGCAGCUCUGGGAGCCAUAGAGGUGUGUGCAGGUGCAGCCAUACACACAGAUCAGUCAGCGUGCCAGAUGCUCAGAGGCCAGAUCUCCCUUAAGCUGCACAGUGCAGCCCCUGCUCCCUUCUAUGUGAGCAGCACUAACACAUACACCUGCAGAAAGAUAACCAAGAACAGGCGCACGUACAGACAAAACAUUUUACUGAUUCCACAGCCUGAGAAAGGGAUGAGAGAUUUCCUACAAAAGACUGGUCCCACUCACAAAGCAAAUGCUCCAGGCCCAUCUCCUCCCCGCAGCCCCCAGACUCAGAGGUGUGUGAUGACACCGUUGCAGCAGCUGACUUGCCCUGCAGUGCAGGGAUUUACUGUGACAGUUACCUGGGCAGGGACAACCAAUAUCAGCCCACGCUGCAGCAGAGCUUGCUGCCAGACCAUCACCUCAGAGCCUGCAAGGCAGCAGCCACUCCUGUCUCAUGGAGCUUCGCAGUGCCAUGGUGCUGGGGACAAGUGCAGGACAGCGUGAGAAUGGCCUGGAGCAUUUAGAACAGGGCACAGCAGUGCAGCCCAGCCCUGUCCUGUGCACCAUGGAUGCGUGCGAUAGGAUGUGGCCAGGCAAUGUCACCUUGUGGCCCUUCAGACCUUAACAGGUGGCCAGGAAUGAAAAAUCUAAAGUAAUUGGUUCCCCACACACCCUGCCCAGAGAGGGGCACACACUUCAUAAUUUCAAGUAAUCACAUCAAACAAUUAAAUGGAAAAAAAGAACUCAAGUGUGCUAGCAGCUUGGCCUGCGUGGCGAUGCCAGCAGGGCUUCUCUCUACACGUGUUUUGUAUUCCCCAGCAGAGCAUCUGGUGGCUCACGUGGUUCCUGGAGCCACCAGUGCCCUUCUGGCCUGGCUUUGUCACCUACCAGGCUGCCUCUCCGUGGGACAGCUGAGGUAGCUAGCGUAACUAUUCUUCCACGUGGUUAUAGAGGGGUUGUGCAUGGCUUCAGGGCACAGCAGGGACGAGCAGAAGGAACACUCCAGUGCAGAGAAGCUGACUUAGCAAGACCCACCUGGACCCUUUCCUAUGCAACCUACCAUAGGGAACCUGUGUUAGCAGGAGGGUUGGACUGCAGGAUCUCCAGAGGCCCCUCCUGACCCCUAUGCUUCUGUGAUUCUGUGUCAGCCAACACAUCCAAGGCAAGGGGGUCCCUGUGCAGGCUGUGCUGCAGCACAGGAGGAAUCCUACCUGCAGAGUUUUCUUAAAAGCAUUCUUAGCUUUUAAGAGGCUAUUAGCCAUCUUGAAGGCGGGCCUUCUUCAAGGGAAGAUUGCUGCUGGGACCCGACCCACAACAUCCCUGCAGAGUCGCGGGUUGUCUUGUUCUGCCUGUCUUCCAGCUCAAUGGACUGGUGUUCCCCAGCAGAUCUCAAGUUCAGUGGAUUUAAUCAGCAGGAUGGGUUAUCAGACAAGCAUGGCCAGGACAUGAUGGGAUCUCAGAAGUGCCCCGUUCUCCACCUGGCAAUCGUGGCCAAGAAACGGUCACCAAAAUGAAGAGCUCAUUGGGAAUUCACUCUAAUUUUCCAGUCUGAGACCCUUCUGUCCUUCCACUUCACUGUUAAAUUCUGUUUCCAAAACAAAGUGGUUGGCUCCAGCAUCAAAUAACAGCUGAGCUCAACAGCUGCUUACAACUUCCUUUGCUGGGCUGCAGGAGACAUACCUGCUCAUGUGGGGAGGUCAGUUUGGGACAGUUUCAUGCAUCAGCCAGCAGACACAAAACUGAGGGACAGUAAAGCAUUUUGUAUCACCA